CCGUCCCCACCCCUCCGCCCCUUCCUCUCGCACCUUCGCCCGGCCCGCGCCCCCGCAGCGGGCGCCCACCCGCGCUCCACCGGCGGGAACGCUGUCCGCGGCGGCGGCCGGAGUGGGCCGGGCGGGGGAUGGCGCUGCAGGACCUGGCCCAGCAGGGAAUGGCCGUGUUCGGGUUCGUCCUCUUCAUGGUGUUGUGGCUGAUGCAUUUCAUGGCCAUCAUCUACACCCGAUUACACCUCAACAAGAAGGCAACAGAUAAACAGCCAUACAGCAAGCUGCCAGGUGUGUCCCUUUUGAAACCACUGAAAGGGGUAGACCCUAAUCUAAUCAACAACUUGGAGACAUUCUUUGAAUUGGAUUAUCCCAAAUAUGAAGUACUCCUUUGUGUACAAGAUCAUGAUGAUCCAGCCAUUGAUGUGUGUAAGAAGCUGCUUGGAAAAUACCCAAAUGUUGACGCUAGAUUAUUUAUAGGUGGCAAGAAGGUUGGCAUUAAUCCUAAAAUUAACAAUUUAAUGCCAGGAUAUGAAGUUGCAAAAUAUGACCUUAUAUGGAUUUGUGAUAGUGGAAUAAGAGUCAUUCCAGACACACUAACUGACAUGGUAAAUCAAAUGACAGAAAAAGUAGGCUUGGUUCAUGGGCUGCCAUAUGUAGCAGACAGACAGGGCUUUGCUGCUACGUUAGAACAGGUGUAUUUUGGAACUUCGCAUCCAAGGUCCUAUAUCUCUGCCAAUGUAACAGGUUUCAAAUGUGUGACAGGCAUGUCUUGUUUAAUGAGAAAGGAUGUGUUAGAUCAAGCAGGAGGGCUCAUAGCUUUUGCGCAGUACAUUGCUGAAGAUUACUUUAUGGCCAAAGCAAUAGCUGACCGAGGAUGGAGGUUUGCAAUGUCCACUCAAGUUGCAAUGCAAAACUCUGGUUCAUACUCAAUUUCUCAGUUUCAAUCCAGAAUGAUCAGGUGGACCAAACUGCGAAUUAACAUGCUUCCUGCCACAAUCAUUUGUGAGCCAAUUUCAGAAUGUUUUGUUGCCAGUUUAAUUAUUGGAUGGGCAGCCCACCACGUAUUCAGAUGGGAUAUCAUGGUAUUUUUCAUGUGUCAUUGCCUGGCGUGGUUUAUAUUUGACUACAUUCAACUCAGGGGUGUCCAGGGUGGCACACUGUGUUUUUCAAAACUUGAUUAUGCAGUUGCUUGGUUCAUCCGUGAAUCCAUGACAAUAUACAUUUUUUUGUCGGCAUUAUGGGACCCUACCAUAAGCUGGAGAACUGGCCGCUAUAGAUUGCGCUGUGGAGGCACAGCAGAAGAAAUCCUAGAUGUAUAACCACGGCUUUGUGACUGUACAUAUAGGGGGAAAAGAAGUAUUAUAAAUUAUGUUUAUAUAAAUGCUUUUAAAGAUCUACCUUCAGUAGUUUUUAUCACAUGUAUGUUUUGGUAUCUGUCCUUUAAUUUAUUUUGCAUGGCACAUGCAUCUGUGAAAAAAAAAAAAAUAACCAUCUGUAGUCUUGGCCAAAUGAAACACUUUAUUUUGUGGAAGUAGAGAAUCAAGAGGAUUGGUUCUAGGAACCCAUUUUUUUUAUUGUUUAUUUUUUUAAACAAACAAAUAUAUAUAUACAUAUAUAUAUAUACAUUAAUGCUCUGCAGCAAAAACUAUGACAGUAUCCUUCAGUAGAGAAAGUUUCUUAUUUGUGGGUACACUUUUUAGGAUAUGUAUGGGUGGGAGGACUGCAGAAGCAGCUUUAUUUGAGAGAGAAAAGACUAGAAGGUCAUGACCUUUCCUGUCUGUACUAGUUGAUAUGACGCGCUGAAUGCCCCACCCUGAGGUACUAACUGAGAAACUUUUUCAUGCUUUAUGCCUACCUCUUGUAGUUGUUGCAGAACAAAUAUAAAUUGUAAUAAGGUAGCUAGGCCUUGCAAAAACAAAUGGGAAAACUUUUAAAAAUAAUAAUAAUAAUAGAGCUGGAAUCUAGUAUUUAUAUGAAUCUGUGAGAGAUAUUUUUUUGGUCUCACUGAAAUGAACCAAAAGUGGCCGAGUUUGGUUUUUAAUUGUAGCCAUGUAUUGAAGGCAUCCUUUUGACCAACUCUUGUUGGUUCUGUCUUGAACCAUUGUUAAUCACUGUGCUGUAAUUAGUGUAGCUAAACCUUUCCUUCCCUGCUCUUUGCCCAGCCCCCACCCCAUCUUUCCUCGAGUUUUUUUCAGGGGGGGUAUGGGGGGUGAUUUUGUUUUAGUGUGAGUGGAUGUUUUGAUAGUUGUAAGGAAAAAUGCAUUUCAGACACAUUUCACACAUGAGCUAUUUUCUUACACAGUAUGUCUUAUUGUUAAUAAGAAUGUAAUUUCAUGAUACAGGUAUUUAAUAUCUUUUUUAAGUAAGUAAAUAUUCUAGCCAUCGAUAAAUAAAUUGUAGAGUAUUAAGAGGAGACAGGAUGAGUUUUACUCUUCAAACCAAUCAGUAUCAAACUAAGUCUACUGUGUGUGUGUGUGUGUUUUUUUUUUUCUAUGAUAGCUUAGUCUUAUUUAAAUUGGAUUUUUGUAUUCCAGUUUGUAUGACAAACAGACUAGGUCGGGGUAGUUGUAAAUGCAUGCUGUGCUUCACUCCUUUCUCUGUCAUGUGGCUAAACUUGCUUGUCAGGUUGUGCUUAACUUGUGGUGAACUGGACUCGUUUUUUUUUGUUUUGUUUUGUUUAAAAAGAAAAAAAGGCAAAAAUGUAAGGGACAGUGCAAAAGCCUUUUCCUUUU